AUGAAGUCAAACGACCAACAAAUGAAAGUUUCUAUUGGCCAUAGGAGAUUUAGCAAUACAACAAAUAAUUUAGAAAUCUUGGAUGAUGGAAAAGAAAGAGCUUAUAGAAUUACCAUAUCUAUUGCAGCAAUUUUAUCUAUUUCCUCACUUUUAACAAUUUGUCUUGUAGUUCCAUCACUUUAUGACUAUGCUAAUUCAGUUUCUGAAUUUAGUAAACAAGAUUUUGCUUAUUGUGAAGCAUCAAAUGCAGAUAUUGAAGUUGAAAUAAGUAAUGUUAAAGAAUUUAUAGGUACACCAAUUAAUAGAACUAAACGAAGUAAUGGUUAUGGUGGAUAUGGUGCUUCAAUGAUUGCUUUGAAUGUACCACAUUUCCAAGAGUGUCCAGCUUGUUGUAUACCAGGUGAAAGAGGACCAAAAGGUGAUCCAGGUUUACCAGGUAUUCCAGGAGCACCUGGACCAGAUGGAGCCCCAGGAAGACCAGGAAUUACACCUAAUGCAUCUUGUAUUCCAGAAAGAGUAUUUGAACCACCACCAUGCCUUCCAUGUCCACAAGGACCACGUGGAGUACCAGGACAUCCAGGAUUUCCAGGAGAUCCAGGUGAUUCAGGUAUACCAGGUAGACCAGGACUUGAUGGCUUACCAGGAAAACCAGGUGAAGAUGGUCCACCAGGACCUCCAGGACCACAGGGACCACAAGGACCACCAGGAGAUAAAGGAGUUACACCAGAAGCUCAUGUUAUUCCAGGACCACCAGGAGAUCCAGGUGAGCCUGGACCAUGGGGACCUCCAGGACAUCCUGGUGCCCCUGGUGAAGAUGGAUAUCCAGGUAGUCCAGGUGAAAAAGGAUGGCCAGGUCCACCAGGUCCUCCAGGACCACCAGGACCUCCGGGACCAUCAGGACCAAGAGGAGAACAAGGACCAACAGGAACACCAGGAACAUGUGUUUGUCAGGAUACUGAAGUUGUUAUAUCUGAUAUUCAAGGUCAAAAACCUGCUAGCAGACCAGCUCAAAUUCCAAGAGAAGAAGUGACUGUAAUAGACGACCGUCAAACAAACGCAAAUGAUAAUUACGGUUUUCCCGCUGGCAAUGAUAAAAGCAACUACUUUAGAAACAGAUAUUAA